AUGCUGGGGAUAUGGUUUUCUCCUCUUAUAGAGGAGAUUCUGGAGGUCCUAAUGAUACAAGUAUCUUGUUCUCUUAUAUUUUUGAAAUUUAUAAAUAUACUUUUUUUGUAGAUACUUUUAAGUGAAAACAACUCAAUGAAGCUCGUAAAUCCCAAAUAUAUAUCAAAAAUCAAAGCAAACAAAAUAUUGCAAAGUGCACAAAGUAAGUAAACAAAGACUUUAUACCCGAAUUCCAAGAAUAAAAUACUGAUUACAGCCUUAAAAAUAUGCGUAUUCAACGAGAGCUACUGAUAAGCCACUCUCUUAUUAAGGCACAGGCACUGCCAUGCAUAGCUCAGUUCAAGCUUCUCAACUUAAGCUGAUGAUAAUGAAAGAUGCAGCCGUGUUAUUUGUUUGUCUGGCUCUUGCGAUCCUUAGACCCGGAGUAGAAGCCGUAUCACCACCGUAUUUACUGGAUCCGCAAUGUGCCAAGGAAGUCCAUGUACAAGUGGUUAAUGGUCAAGAUGCCAGCAUACUCAAUAAUCCCUGGAUGGCGCAAAUAAUCGAAGGGGGAUCUUUUAUUUGCGGAGGUUCUCUGAUUAGCCCUCGUUACGUACUGACGGCGGCCCAUUGUCGUGGCAAAACCAACCAGGGAUUAAAAGUGCGCCUUGGAGACUACAAUAUAGGCACACAAUUUGAUUGCACGAAUGAAGGUUGCAUUCCCAGGCCCAAGGACUACGCGGUAGACCGAACGUUCGUCCACAGGUCCUUUGUGGAAUACCACAAUUAUGAUUUGGCUCUUUUGCGGUUAAACACUGCAGUGCCCUAUGGAGUUCACAUCAGACCGGUCUGCCUGCUCAUGGGAGGCAACUCCAACUGGCGUUGGAAUCUCCUGCAGACCAUUCCCAGCUUCAAUGUCACCGGCUGGGGUCGUACGGCCACCACAAAAGUUAGUUUCCCCCUCCAGCAAGCCGAGUUGCAGCACUACGAUAAUAGUCAUUGCAUCCGAAGCUUCGGAAGGCAACUGGAUCACACCCACAUCUGUGCGGGUCAACCUUAUAGCUUCACCUGCAACGGCGACUCUGGCGGACCCUUGACUGCUAAGGCACCAGCCGUGGCUGGUAAUCAUAUUGUGCUUUUUGGCCUGGUUAGUUAUGGCUUUAAUCAAUGCAAUGGGCCCAGUGUCUUUACGAAUGUCCUUCCCUACACCAAUUGGAUACUGUGGCACAUAAACCGUUACCCAUGAAAAAUAUAAGAUUUUUUAUGAUGCAAUAUAAAAUAUA